UUAUAUUAUGAUAAAUUUCAAGAGACUCCUACGGAAAUUCUGUAUCCUACUGCCAAGGAUAUGGCGACUUCACUGGUACAAAUUAAUCCUUGUUUUCAUUUGUGGACUAUUUCUCAUCCUGAAAUACAAAAAGGACAACGAUAGACAUGCUCAUGUGCCCGAUUUUGAACGCGAAAAGCCUCUGAAAGUCGGUGAUUAUCUGGAUCAGAAGGAAAACACUGCACUAAUAGUGCCCCAAGAUUUCUGCCAGAGCAAAAGCUUCCUGGUCAUAGCCGUUUGCUCUAGCCUGGAGCACUUUGCCCAUCGGCAAAUUAUUCGGGAAACCUGGGGAAAUACCAGGGAGUUUAACUAUCAAAAAUUUUACAAACUUCAUGGUCACCUUGAGGGAAUAUAUCUGCCUAUAAUGCCAAGUCGUGUAGAGCUGUACGCCGAGUAUCUGAGUGGAGUCGGUAAAUCGCUGACCGCCAAGGUGCAGGUUGUAUUCAUUGUGGGACGAGCCAAGAUCGAGUCCCAGCAGGUGAUUGAAAGGCUAACUAGAGAGGCAAAUCACUACAACGAUAUGAUUCAGGAGAACUUUGUGGACAGUUACCACAACCUUACGCUUAAAUCGGUGAUGGCUCUGAAGCACAUCAGUCGAAGUUGCUCGAGUACCGCCGCCUUCCUCCUCAAAUGCGACGAUGAUAGCUUCAUAAAUGUGCCCAAUCUGCUGCACUUUCUGCUGGGCGGUACAAUCCCUCUUUAUAGAGAUACAAUGGAAUAUCACUUUCAGAACACCUACAAAGUGAGGUCGCCAUGGAAUCGUUUCAAUGCCAGCAAAGGAGUGAUGUAUGGCCACAAGUUCUGCAACAUGUUGGUCGAGAGCGAUGUGAGGAGUCCCUGGUAUGUGCCCAAAUACAUGUUCGAGGGGUUGCAGUUCCCAAUGUAUCUUUCCGGGACCGGCUAUCUGCUCUCCAUGGACGUGGUCCUGCGGCUGUACGAGGAAUCCCUGACCACAUCGCUUGUGCAUCUGGAGGACGUCUUCGUCACUGGCAUCUGUGCAGAGAGGGCGGGAAUCCAGCGGCGCCAUCACCCACUCUUCAACUAUGUCCACUGGAAGCCACUGUGCAUCUACAAGGGAACCAUUUCACUGCAUCCGGUGCCUGGCAACCAAAUGUUGGAGGCCUGGAGUUUUGUAUCAAACUACAACAUUAAAUGUCUACCGCCAGAUAAACACGCUAUCAAAAGGCAAAUAACGAGGAAAUCACACUGUUAAAAC